AUGGCACAUAAGGCGGACUUAAUGCCAUAUGGCAUUCUCUACCAGUCAACCUUGAAUGAUGAUGACAGGAACGACUUCCAAGAAGUCCGCUGCGAUAAAGUAUUUGAAGCGAUGCGCCAGUGCUGCAUUAAGUUCAAGCCGUUAGACGUGUCUCUUGUGUGCGAGGGUUACGACUUGGAGCCGCGGAAGUACGCGCCGGUCACAGAUAGACCGGCCAAGUGAAGUACGAUAAGCUAUGGAUAUUCGUCGUCAGAGCCAACCUCUAGGGAAAAGAAGUUGGAUCUACAGGUACCCCAAGACCUUUCAAAUCACAUUCACUUUUCUGGGUAUCGGGAUAUUCUUUUCGAAGCCCAUUUACGAUAUCUUCUUUCGACCGCGCGAUCCGAUCGACUUCACUGAACCACCCACCACGUUCUCGGUUCGCCGUAAAGUCGAGUAAUUAUGGAAUCUAUUUCUAAAGCCAAAGAAAGACUUGCAAAGUAUCCCGUAGUGUUUGCUAAGUGUUCCAAGCAGAGUGUACUGUACGCACGCUGUGUUUUACUCAAGGAAGGAUCGGUGAAAAAGGACGAUUGUGCGAAAGAAUUCCAGGAGUUCAAAACCUGUUUAUAUUCCGCCGCUAAAGAUUUGAAGACCAGGAUUUAAGAUGAAUCGUUACUUGGAAGUCCUUAACCUGCCUUUACGCUACCAUCUCGCUGCAGGUCUCUUUAUAAGAAUAUUUUUGAUUGUUUACGCGGAUUUUCACGAUAACACCUAUGAUUUACCUUACACCGACAUUGAUUACUCCGUGUUUUCCGAUGCGGCGAGGCACGUGUAUAAUGGAGACUCUCCAUACAAACGGCAGACUUAUAGAUACAGUCCCUUGAUAUCCUACUUGCUUGUACCAAACAUUAUCUUCGGUAAAGACUUUGGCAAAAUUCUUUUUUCUGUAUUUGAUCUGUUAAUAACGGUCGCAGUGAAGAAUUUAGUAGAACACCAGCUAGGCCCGAAGAGUGCCGCCACCAAUGUGCCGAUGUACUGUUCGUUUUUGUGGCUUUACAAUCCGUUGAGCAUAGGUAUAUCGACUCGUGGUAACGCAGAUUCCGUCUCAUGUUUCACUAUCAUACUUUCAUUGCUUUUACUGCAAACCGAUGUAGUCAAAGGCCUCAAAAAAUAUGCGUUAUCAGGACUGUUCCUUGGCAUAUCAAUCCAUUUACGCUUGUACCCAAUUGUAUUUAGUUUUCCCAUGUAUCUAAGCUUAGGAGUCACCAAGAUACCACGUCAGACCACUUUCAGGCAGGGAAUGCUGAUCCUAUGGCCGAAUGUAAGCCAACUGAUUUUGGCAAUGAGUUGUAUAGUCACUCUAUUUGGUCUCACAUACAGUAUGUAUGCACUGUACGGCUACGAUUUCCUUUAUGAGACGUAUAUUUAUCAUGUACAUAGAACCGAUACUCGUCACAAUUUCUCUGUACUUUUCUAUUAUUCAUAUUUGAAUACGAAUCAAGGGCUUGACAUUGUGAAAAAUGUUACUAAUCUGUUCAAAGCUGUUAUAUUGUUUUUGUUGAGCAUCAAGUAUGGGCCCGACCCUCAGACGUUGCCGCUGGCAAUGUUCUGUCAGACAGUGGUCGUAGUAGCUUUUAAUAGUGUUAUGACGUCACAGUACUUUGUGUGGUUCCUGUCGCUGUUGCCGCUGGUCGCUCACUCGUUCAGGAUCAAGUCCUCGAAAGCGUUAUUACUGGCCAUCAUCUGGGUCUCCGCACAAGGCGCGUGGUUGUUCUACGCGUACCUACUAGAAUUCAAAGGUCGGGAAGUUUUCUUCCUAAUAUGGUUAAAAGGGGUUGUGUUCUUUUGUUCCAAUAUUUUUGUUUUAGUGCAACUUCUAAGGAGUUACACAGUUGGUUAUGGUUUCGGCUUUGGUCAAGCCGCACAUUUGAAAACACAGUGAAUGUGAUUUGUGUUAGUAAAUUAUUGUUUCUUAUAUUAGUUUGUAGAUUUUCAAAAUAUGAACAUUGUAAAAUAAAAGAUGGAAUUUGAAUUUGUUUUUAUUUCUAACAAGAAUUAACAUUCGAACACUAAAGCAAUAUAUCACUAAAUAUUAUUCAUGACCCACUCUAAAGACAAAAUAUAUCAACUUGUACAUUAUUCUAUGAAAAAAUAGAGACAAUUCAAUCUCAAAUUCUUUCAUGAAUUUGUCACGAACCCCCAAACAUAUAAUUUGUCAUUACAUAAAAAUAAUUAUCUACUGGAUGAUAACUUACAAUGAAUCAUUACGUAUCGUAAAAUGGAAAAGAAAUGAUAAAUAUGUAUUACUUUUAAUACUUACAGGCAGUCUUAGCUGAGGUUUUGUGUUUCUUUUGAAAUACCAUUUAGUUUUGGUUCAUACAUUGGUAUGUCUAAUACAUUUUUUCGAGAUAUAAAAAUAAACUCGCUUUUUACAUUUGUUAUAUGGCAAUAAUGACAAUGUCAGGUACAUUUUACUAUGAUUCAUAAUAAGCCUCAUCCAAAUUAGUGUCGUUCUAUUUCUUGUUAUCCAAAUUGACCUUGGUGAGGUCCUCAGAUUCUCCUUGCGACAUGUUCGAUAACUUCUUGCCGAUCCGCUCAUGAACAUCCAAAUAUUUGGCGACACAUCGAUCUAAACAAACUGACUCGCCUUUGCCUGAAAUAGAGAAAAAAUUAUAAAAGCACCCAUUGUCUUUGGAUCUUCAUUAUUUUAUGGAAUAAACCGGUAAACGAGCAGACGGAUCACCUGAUGAUAA